GCCCAUUUCCGGUGGUGAAGGCUGUCGGUGCUGGAGCGGAAGGGGAGCAGACUCUGCAUGUCUCAGCGGAUUCUUCAAUCUGAUGAUUGGAUUGAAAAGUCAAGUUUUUAUUUUUGGUCUACUCAUACAGCAGAUCCACUGUGGAGAAUGCUGUGCUGUUUUGAAUACCUGAUGACAAAUUGCUACUCAUAACUCAAGAAAAUUGUGGGCAUUUGUCCAAAUCAUUUUUUACACACUGAUUUCAAAACCUGAGCCUCUGUAUGCAGCCAUGAUCUAUAUUGAUUAAAAUAAGCAGUGACUGAGGAUGAGACCUCGAUUGCUGACCUGGGAUGUAAAGGACACUCUGCUCCGAGUACGUCACACAGUCGGCGAGCAAUAUUCCUCAGAGGCCAAGCUGCAUGGGAUCCGGGUGGAGGCUGAGGCACUCGACAGAUCGUUCCUGGCAGCCCUCCGAACACAGAACAAGCUGCUCCCAAGCUAUGGUGUAAGCCAAGGCGUAAGCUCCCAGAAGUGGUGGGUGGAAACAGUCAAACAGACCUUUCGGCUCUGUGGGGUGAGAGAUGAACGGGUGCUGACUCCACUGGCAGAGAACCUGUAUCGUGGGUUCAGCAGUGCUAAGAACUGGGAGGUGUUUAAUGAUGUGAAGGACACCUUGAUUCACUGUGACAGGCUGGGCAUUCACAUGGCAGUCAUUUCCAACUUUGACCGCCGCCUGGAGCAGAUUUUAACCAACUGCAACCUGCGGCAGCAUUUCCAGUUUGUGCUAACAUCAGAGGACGUUGGAAUAGGCAAGCCAGACCCUCGUAUCUUUAUUAAGGCCCUGAGCCUUGCUCAGAUACAGCCCAAACAGGCCACACACAUAGGUGAUGAUUUACAGAAGGAUUAUCUAGCAGCCAGGGCUGUGGGAAUGGAGAGUUACUUGCUUUGCAGAGAGAAGGAGCAACCUGCUGGGGCAAAGGGGCUAGUCCCCAAAGCUCAUAUUCUCCACUCUCUGCAGCAGCUAAUCGGCCUCCUGAAAUAACUGCCUUGCUAUAUGUGUCUCCAAACUCGUUAGGUCAUUGUUAAAUGUACCACAGGAAAGGGAAUGUGUUUUCACUGCGAGACAGUAAGAAUUCCAAUAUGCUAUCAUGUUGUUUGGUGAGGUUUUGCACUGUCUCUUGGGGAGCUAGCAGUUGUGGGUUGAUGAAUUUGUACAAAUUACUGUGAUAUGUAGGGGGACUCUGUCAGCAUCCCCACUAGGUGUCAUCUCUGUGAAGAGCCGCACAAAGAAAUUCUGAAGUGUAAUGACAAUUAUACACUCCAUUGUAAAGUCUGGCAUUUUCUGGACGCAUCUUAUAAUAUAGAUCAAGUUACUUGCAAAGAGGAGCUGAAUGAUUAACGUUUCACUGUGGUGACUUGUGGGAAUAUUUUUUCAGGAUUCUAAAAUAAAGCUUUUCUUCACAUUU